UGUGCUGCUGCCGAAUAAAAAUUUAUUUCCAAACGCUAUUUACGUUAGUGUACAAAUAGUAAUUAAAAAUUGCCAUCGAAGUCGGCAUUGUUCUUGUCGAAGGGUGAUAAUUAGUUUCUUGAAUUUAUUGAUAAUAAGAAUAACGAUGGAGCCUGUUCGCCGUUUAUUCUACAACGAUGACUGGAUUAAAAACUGCAGAUGCAAUAUAUUCAUGCAAUUGGGAGCGAUCUAUGGUUAAUCACAAGGGUAAAUUUAGUGAUAAACAUCGACAAAUAACAGUUGAAAUAAAUCAAAUGAUAAACUUUAGUUUGAUGCGUGCCCAAAAACCGAUUUUUUUCAAUGGAGGAUUAUUUUAUAUUCUAUCUUUACAAACUUUCAAGGCAAUUACAGGUUUUGCAUUGUCAAAUGCUGUAGUACUACGUCAACUUUCCGGAGAAACAUAGAAUUUAUUUUCAACACAAAAAAAA